CCACAGCUAGCUUGUUUUGUUUCCCUCUCUCUCUUACUGCGAACGGGAACCCUCUUUCGUUCUCCUUGAGACUGCGAGCUUCGACUGUUUGGGUAAUGGCUUCAACGGACGUCAGAGGAAUUUUAACAGCUUUCAAUCCUUCUCUGGACUUCUUCGCUAUAACUGCCGGAGAUGGUCGCGUCAAGAUAUGGGACACGCUGAGUGGCCAGGUCCAGACCGAGUUCGCAGAUAUUGCAUCAACUCAUUCAACAACUACGCCACAGAACAAAUCCAUUAACGGCCAUCUUGCACUAGAUUAUACCUGCAUCAAGUGGUUCUCCUUCGAAAGAAAGAGGAAACGGAAGCAUGCAUCCUCGUUGUUAGUACUUGGAACUGGUAGCGGUGAUGUUCUAGCACUUGAUGUUGAUGCUGGUCAUUUAAGUUGGAGAAUUACUGACUGUCAUCCCGGAGGUGUGAGAGCCAUUGCAUCUUCAGCAAACGUGUCAAGCAUUUAUACAGCUGGUGCAGAUGGGAUGGUAUGUGCGAUAGAUUUUAUGACAGGAAACCUGUUGGAGAAAUUUAAGGCUUCUACCAAGGCGGUGUCCUGCAUGUGUGUUUCUCCAGAUGGGAAGACAUUAGCUACUGCAGCUGCACAAUUGAAGAUUUUUAACUGCUCUAAUCACAAAAAGAUUCAAAAGUUCUCUGGUCAUCCUGGUUCUGUUCGAUGCAUGGUUUUCACUGAAGAUGGCAAGUAUAUCCUCUCGUCCGCUGUUGGUGAAAGAUAUGUUGCUGUUUGGAGGAUAGAUGGUCCUAAAAAGCAGUCAGCUAGUUGUGUUCUUGCGAUGGAGCAUCCGGCUGUCUUUCUUGAUAGCAGGUGCAUUGAUAGUGUGGGGGAUGACAUGCCUGGCAUAUGUGUUUUGGCCAUUUCAGAAGUUGGCAUUUGUUAUUUAUGGUUUGGUAAUAGUAUUGAAGAACUGCGUAAUGCAAAAGCCACAAAAAUAUCAUUAUCUUUAGAAGACAUGUCCUCCAGAAAUUACAGAGGAACUCUGCCAGCAAUAUAUGCGGCAAAAUUACAAGGCAUCCAGAAGCCAGCCUCUGGGCAAGUUUUUCUUGUUUAUGGGUUGCUUGUAAAGCCAUCAUUCAGAAAAGUUCUUGUGCAUUCUGGUACAGACGUAAAGUUGAAUGUCUCUCGCGAUGGUGUUCUUCUACCAACAAGUCAAGCUCUCGUCAAAUCUAAGAAGGGAACAAAUGCACAAACAGUUACUGCACUAGACCGAGCUAAUGCUGAGGAUGCCUUGCUUCCAAUUCCUAAGAUUUUUAAUUCCCAAGAGAACGAGAAAGAGAAAGCAUUUCAAAAACCUUUGGACAAGGAUAUAAUUGAUGAUUUGUGGAGAAAUGAUGAGUCUGUUGAAAUGGAAGAUGAUAUGGCCCAUAGUGAGGCUGAUGAACUUUGCAUGGAGGACCUGCUAAAAUCACUAGGGAUGCUUUCCGGUGAAAGUGAAUAUGCAUCAAACAUUGAACUUUGCUCUAAGUUGUUGAAGGGUAUUGAUGUCGAUGCUACUGUUCCAGUGAAAAAGAUAAGAGCAACUGUUUUGUCUAUGGAGCCAAGCAAAGCAUUCAUGCUACUGGAAGCGUUACUGGCUGCAUGGGAAUCAAGGUCAUCUAGUGGAAAGUACAUUCUUCCAUGGAUAUACAGCAUAUUAGUGAAUCAUGCUCAAAAUGUCAUUGCUGAGGAAUCUGAUACACGUACGCUUGAUACCUUAGACAAGAUUAGCAAUUUUAGAGGGGCAGCUCUUCAGCCUUUAUUACAAUUAUCAGGUCGUCUCCAACUGGUGACAUCACAGAUUGACAAAGCCUCCCAGACUAUAAGCCAUUCGGUGCAUGAACUCCAAACAGAAGAAAGUGAAGAUGAAGAUGAAGAUGAAACUAAGGAUGAAUAUUAUCACGAGGGAGAUGAUACUUCUGAAAUAAGUACUGAUGAUGAAAGCUAGUCUGAUUUUUCAUUUUUUUGAGAGGUUGUCCCUUUUGCGGCUAACAAAGAUAGAGGAAUUGCGGCCGACAGAGAUAUAGAGGAAUGGAAACUGUAUUUCAUCCAGCCUCUUCACAAUUUUGUUGCUAUAUAUAGAUAGAUAACUCCUCAGAAAGAAAUUUUGGUGUUACCCACAGAAUUAGUGAAAAUGACGCUGCCCCUAAUUUAUGUAAUUUCAGUUUUUUCACCGAUAAGUAAAAGUACACGAACAUAGCUCGGGCACAUAUUUACAUGUUUGAAGACAUACUCAGCUUGUAAUGAUUAGGAGUUUGUAUAAACCGAAUCUAGAACAUCUUUGAAUAUACAGUUAUCUACCUGAACA